AUGGCCGACCUCACCCCAGACGCCAUCAGCGACACCCCCCUCGACCUUCUCAUCAACGCAAUCGCCGGUAACCACACCCACCACGAAAACAUAGACCAGUAUCUCCUCCCGGCCUCAGACUACGUCUCGAGUAAGCGCUCGCGGGCAGACGACAUCUACGAUCCUCCUCGCCCCCUCAAGCUCGCGCGCACAGCCGGUGCCACGGCUUCCCUCUCGUCUUUCUUUGCUCUUCAUCACGAGGAUGGCCAUACCAUCGAUUCCGCCCAUGCCUCUCAUGUCAACACUGUCGAGGUGUGGCAUCCCACCACGGGGCAGAAGAGCUACGGGAAAGAACGACGGAUGCUGAAUCCGCCUCCCAUUGUUCGCUUUACAGGCUCACUAGCCCCCCGUGUCAUUGCAGCCACAAUGUCUGCCUACACCUCCCCCCCAAACCAACCCCCGGCCAUCUCUGGGACGAAUACGCUUCGCCUAGGUGACCUUUCGUCUCCCGCUUCUGGUCUUCUCUUAGCACAAAACCAAAAACACCCCAAUUGGAGGCGUCAGAAAUUGCGGUAUGCCGCGCUCAAUGCAGGGUUCGGGGGCGCGUUAACGACGAGUCGAAGUACGGCCGACUUCAAGGAUCGCUCUCUCCUAAAGGAGGGAGUGACGUUCCCCGGAAUAUGGAUUGGAGAGAAUACAGGAAAAUUGAAAGAGUUCAAUCUAGAGCUCAAGAUCUUCGUGGGGUCGGAUGAUCCGGCCGAGGAUGGACAAGAGCACCAUGCAGAAGAGCGAACAGGUACCAUGUACGAAGCGCCACGCCCGUCAAAUUCAGCAGAGGCUCUCUCGGAAAUACUCGAGCCAGAUUCGGGCAGCCAUCAUCCACUUGUCGAGACUAUACAAAACACAGAGAGCGGCCUUGGUCAUGAUGCCAUCCACAGUGACUAUCCCGAAGCAGAGAGUUCCGGGUCCUUGCAGGAACCAGAGCAUUCUCGGCAACAUCAAGAUACUACCUCACAAGAGGGCCCUCUUCAGCCCCCUGAAGAACAACUCCUCGGUACAUUCACCUCCCCUUCCCUCCGCAUCGUCUCCAAACCUUCUACCAAGACCUCGAAAGCACGUUCCAUGGCUACCUGCUUCUCGCACGAUUCUGCAUUCUCCUUGUGGACGAGGCUGCACGGGCAGACGGUGAGGACGAGAUGGAUGAAUCUGGAAGAGAAAUUCAAUCAAGACGGGCCCAGACUGACGGCGAGGACGGCAAAGUGGACGCCUUUCCGCUUUGAAAUCCUCGACCGCGCCCCCUUCACCCGUCUCGCACGCACCUCUCGCGGCAGGCCGGUCAACAACGAAUACACCGAUGCCACAAAGCUCACCUACGGCUCUACUGUCCUCCUUGUUGACCUACAGACAGGCGUCAAAUCUGACCCUGUCAAGCUCGUGAAAAUCGAGCAAGGCAAGUACGUCGUUGGAGGGGACGUGGGUCAGCCCGUGAGUGAGCUUCAGAGAGUGGGGUUGGUAAGGGCCGUAUCGGGGGAAGAGGAAGAAGGAUCGAGAUGGUAUCUGAGCGCACCUGGCGCGCGGGUGGGAGGAGCCGAACUUUUCAAGGAUAGCUCUUUAGGUAUCCGGGCAAGAGUCAAACCUGGUAGAAAAGCCAAGGGCGACGGCAAGCAAAAUCCGGGGGAACAGCCGCUGGCACCGUCGUUUAUGCAGGAUGGGCAUAACGAUGUGAACGACCUGGGGGGCCUGGGCGGACGCACACUCGAAGAAAGUAUCACACUCAGCAAUCCCUCAUCCUCUGUCGACCAACCCGCUUCAUCUUCCGCAGACGCAGAAACACCGCAAAGCAUCUCUGCCAAAUCUCUCAACGCCCGUCGGACAGCCCUGGCAGCGGCAGUGCUGGCAGAAAAUGAGGAAGGGGCUACUCAGAAACUCUUGAGCUGGGCGAAAGCGGAGAGGAAAGAGGAACUCGUGCGGAUGGAGGAGGAGGAUGGGAAAGGGGAAGUUAGGGAAGUGGAGAGAAGAGUCCAUGUGGACAGUGUGGCGGAUUGGAUGUCUUGGACCAUCGGGGGUGUUUGUAAGUGA